UCCAGCUUAUGCUUUAUAGUUUUGUCUACAAAUUGCAUGUGAUCUAUUGAGAACCAAGAGUGGACCUUCGGCCGUUGUGGGAUGAUGCGUUCGCACCCCCUGCACCCCCCUGGGUAUGGGUCUGAGUUCCCACUGAUUGAAUAUGUAGUGCAGUGAGAAUAAAAAGAAAGGAGGAUAGAAAAAAAAUAAUGGCUAGUAAAAUCAAUAAUUUUAGGAAAAAUAUGAGUAUAAACAAAUAUCUAUACAAAAAUGAGCGAAUUACUACAAACACUAUUGCCUAAGAGAACGUUCCAUUUUACGGGUUCUACUAAACCUACUAAUAACAUGUUCCCCUCUAAUGGACAGGAUGGUGAAUAAUCUGCUCUUUUAAAUACAUAUUUACGUUCGGUCAUUUAUAUAGUAUUUAGCCAAUUCGGAAUAACCAAGAAGGUGUAUUUACAUACACAAUUUAGACUUCAAAAUGAUUAUGUGGUCAUCAUCACCAUGUUAGACAGGGGUUCCUUCCAAAGGCAGAUGAUAAUGUAGAUUUUCCUCGCUACCACUCCGACUUUUCUGUACUUCUUUUUGCACUUGAUGAGCCAAGUAACUCCCAAUAGUGCUCCGACGUUUCCGACGAACCGGCCAUCUUUUUUCUUGGCUAAAAAUAUCGCUGACUCUGCGAAGUUCCUUGGCGACUUUUACUGCCUCUAUCGAGAGAGGCAUGGAGGUUGAACGGGAUCUUCGACCUUCAUCAUUGCUAUUCUCAACAGUGUCCAAAUAUUCCCUACUCCGAAAUGAGGGAGUUGACUUGGUAUAGUGUAGAGGCGUCUUAUCCCUGGGGGAUUUUAUUCGCAGCGUUACGGAGUUGGUGUCUUUUUCACUUGCAUCAUCAAUUAUUUCGUUGCGUGUCUCGGUUUGAGGGUCGCUGCCAGAAGCCAUAUUUUAACAUUUACAAAAUUGACUAUAGGAUAGCCAAUCGCAUAUAAUUGUGUCCUUAGACAAAUUAGUGUUUCUCCAGAUGUCUUUAGAGCAAGAAUAGCUGAUUGCGUGGUGUUGCAGCGAUGGCUUCAAUGUCAGGGUCAGCCAACAACAUGCGGCGAAUACAUGUCCUUUUCGAACCAAUUCGUAUCCAAGUAUAAUCCCUAAGAAUAACGCUAUCGUCUACUACGCAGCCUCUUAUUCUAUACAGAAACAGCUGUGUUAUUUUCCCUUGGGGACAUCAACUUUCAAAAGUAUUCCAUCAAUCCCCCGAACAUUCAACUGGUGCACAAAAUUAACAAUAAGAUAACAACACGAAACACAAUAACAAAGCUUUCGCAUGACGUCAUCGUUCAUAGGUCACCCUGUUGUGGCAUAGUAACGCCUGGUAGGCAUUGCUAUUGCCAAAAUGGCGGACGAACGGAAAAACCACAGUCUUCGUAAAAUACAACGUGUGCCGGUGAAGAUAUUUCAUGGAUUAAGUAGAGAAGAAUUUCUUAGUGACGUUUAUAGCAAGCGGGAGCCUGCAGUUUUGAGAGGAUUGGAUAUAGGGGCUGCUGUGACGAAGUGGACUCCAAAGUAUUUGGCUGAGGUUGGAGGGGAGAAGCUAGUCAAAGUACAUGUAUGUUCCGAGAAGGGCAUGGACUUUAUCAACAAGAACUUUGUCUACAAAACUCUUCCUUUCAACCAAUUUGUGAUGAGGGCCUCUCAUUCCACACAGACAGACCCCUUUCUAGCCCCUGAGGAAAGGUAUUAUCUUAGAUCUCUUGGAGAUGACCCAAGAAAAGAUAUUUCUGAUAUAGAGGAGCACUUUCCAAAUCUUGCGAGGGAUUUACAGGUGCCUGAGUUCUAUCCCAAAGAGCAGUUCUUUUCAAGUGUUUUCAGAAUAGCUUCUGCUGGAUCUCAGCUUUGGACACACUACGAUAUAAUGGAUAACCUGCUAAUCCAGGUUAAAGGUUGCAAAAGAGCAGUUCUCUUCAGCCCCAAAGAUGCCAAAAAUCUCUACCUGAAUGGUGACAAGUCAGAUGUUUUGGAUAUAGACUGCCCAGACCCUGCAAAAUAUCCUAGGUUUUACAGUGCUGUCCAGCAUGAGGCAUUACUUGAACCCGGAGAUGUUCUUUUCAUCCCUGCUUUGUGGUUUCACAAUGUAGUCUCCUUAGACUUCGGUGUUGCAGUGAAUGUGUUUUGGCGGCAUUUACCUGCAGAGAUGUAUGACAACAAGGAUGUAUAUGGAAAUAAAGACUUGCUCCCUGCAACUAGAGCGAUGCAGAUUGUUGAUAGAGCUGUUAAGCUACUACAAGAGCUGCCAGAUGGAUACAAGGAUUUUUAUGCUAGGAGGAUUAUUUGCAAACUUGAGCAAAGGUGUUACAGCAACAAUGGAGCAUGAAUUGUUGUGAUAAUUGAACAUUUAGAGCAAAAAAAUAAUUUGACAUAGGUAAAACUUUUGCAACCCUUUUUUAUCUUAUACAAGAAUUUUAGCUUUAUUUCUUUUCUUUUAAAACCCACAUCACAGUGAGCAGCUUCUAUUACUGUAUCUGGUCACUAAACAUUCCUUAGGAUGACCACUGUUAAACAGUAAUGCUCUGUGUAAGAACUACGUAACAUAAUGGCAAGUGCACACUGGCACGUGUGCCUAAUAUUUGAGUUUUAUUCGUUUUAGGGUAUUACAUGGCUUAUUAGACAAA